AUGAUCACGCUGAGGAGCUCAAACGAUGAGGUGUUUGAGGUGGAGGUGAUAGCGAUGGAGUCACAUACCAUUAAGUACAUGAUCAAGGAUGACUGGGCCAACAACGGCAUCCCCCUCCCCAACCUCUCCUCCAGGAUCCUCGUCAAGGUAGUUGAGUACUGCAAGGAGUACAUCAAUGUUGCUACCUCCAAGUCCUCCUCCGAGGACACCACCAAAUCUAAAAUCUCCGAUGAGGACCUCAAGUCUAGGACGCCGAGUUCAUCAAAGUCUACCACGCAAAUCUCUUCAAUUGAAAGAGAGAUAAAAUUGGAACAAUUUUUCUUUUCUUCCCUUGCAUCCCGAUUUUGGGUGUAA